CUCUCUUUUGGUAAUAGGAAAGAUAACACGCAAAUACAAGAAUAUCAAACAAUUCAGCGACAAUUGGAAUCUAUUUUAUGUUUAUUACAUAAAUUAUUAUCACCAGACAUGUACCUGAUUAUUAGGCAUCGGUUCACAUUAGGCCAAUUUAACCAUUAACUUUAUUGCCCUCUAUCCACCCACUCUCAUCAUCACAACGGAUUACAUUAAGGUGUUAAUGCAUCGAGGGUUUUAAUUGCCGGUGGAAUGGUAAAACCAAUUUCAACUUUGAUGAACUUCAGCGUGACACAACGUACUUAACGCUUGUAUUGUAAUCCGUAUGUCAAGCGUGCUUCGGGCAACUGGCCCUUUUAUUCACUAUUUCACACUUCCUUUCAUUUUCUUCCAGUUAUAUUUAAAACAAAUUGCACAUAAUAUUUGAAUUACCAUUUCAAUUUCGUAAAAUAAAGUUUCCACUCAAAACAUUUUUAAUCAAAAGGUUAUUGCGUGCUAUCUGUCGAUAAUGGUUCCCGGCCAAAGAAAAUGUCCAGGGAGCUCACUCAAACGGAGCCAAUAUUGCAGAACCAGAUCACACCUGGUGUGGACGAGAGGCGCGCGUGCGCGCGAAGUCCCGGCUGCCGGGCACGCGUCUUGCGCCCCCCCCCCCCCAGUUGCAGGGAAGGCUGGUGCUGAGCGCCCGGUUCUGACUCUACUGCUGCCGGUGCUCGCCUCUAAGCAAUCCGACCUCAGCACAGCCGCUGCACCCACCAGCGGACGGACGAACAGCCAUUCAAUGAACAGCCGUUUAUUUAUCUUCGGUGGGUGGAGGGGGUGUGGGAACAGGAAUAAAAAGCGCUAAGAAUUAACAAGAUAAAGAUAUUUACCGUCUUGCUCUCACACGAAAAACCUCCUGCUAAAAUCUGGUACGAAAGAAAGAAAAAAGCAGCCUGCUGAUGCGCUGCAAUGGUUUAUUCUCAGAUAUCUGGAAUCUGAAGUAAAACUGGGAAUCUUUAAGAAGGACUCCUGUCCGUUUAUUCCCCAGCGCAAACCUUGCCUGAACGGCAAAGAAUUUGCAAGGACGCAACCUCCAAACUCUCUACGGUGAAGGCAGUUUGUUUUCUUCCAAAUUUAUCCAACUGCUACCACUUCAUGACUUCCACCUCCUUGCUCAUAUGGCGCUCUUGCACGUCAUUCUCUACUAAGCCACAGAAGAACAGUGACCCAGAAUAUAAAGUGAAGACAAUAAUCCUACUGACUUAAAAGGAUACAAGUAUACUUUGGAGAUGUCACGGCAUCACAGCCGGUAUGAGAGGGAUUAUCGCAGCGGCUGGGACUGGCAAGAACGAAUCAACAGUUGUAACAAUGUAAACAACACCAACUGCACCAGUGGCAUUGCCAACAGUAACAGCAUCUCGAACCGACCUGGUCUUCUGCCACUGCCGAUGGUCCCUUCCCACCUCUUAACUCCAGUCACACCUGUCUCCACCACAGCGAGCAACGAGAUGAUGACAGGCUUAAUGUCCAGCUCUGCUUCCUCUACAACAACAGCUUCUAAGACCUCAAGCACUUCUAAGAUUGAGAGUCAGACCCAAGGACAAAUGCUAAAUAAAAGUGUGAGAUGGGGACAAACUCCUAUCAAUCAGUCAACUCCCUGGGACACUGAUGAACCACCAUCCAAGCAAAUGAGAGAAAUAGAAAAUGCUGAUCCAACACCAUGGGUACCAUCGGUUGCAGCAGUUGGCCCGCCUGCCCUAAUACCUCCCACAUACGGGAUUGCACAGGCACCAACGUUUGGUGUUCAAGGUCCAGUGAUUGGAGUUACACCCACAAUACCACCUCCAGUUCCCCCUCAGCUUCCACUUAUGACAACACACUAUCAAGUCCAGCAUCACUCACAACCGUUAACCAACAUGGUUGUGAAUCUCCAGAGUCAGCCGUUGUACACAACAAGUCAUCCGAUGACCGUGUCCCCUCUCUCUGGGGUGGGUCAGGUGACUCAGCCUGUUCCUACCACAAUUGGGAAUGGUCACAUGAGUUGCCCCAUGCUGAACCCAUCUGCUCUGCCUUCAGUAACUCCUCCUAGUAAUGCUCCAAGUGUCAAUGGGCAGGUUGUUUCCCAACUUCCUUUAAACCCACCACAAAUUGAAGAUGACAAGAAUGGUACCCAGAUGUUACGGACUGUUGGGACGGGAAAGUACGAGUUUAUGGACCCUUGGCAUCCAAAAGGUGAUCGACGCGAGUCCCCUGUCAGCACCAUGGACCAAGCUCAACCCAGACUUGACACCACGGAGGAACUUCAAGCAGAAAUGUUGAAGGAGUUGAACCAGCAGCGCAGAGCGAAAGAGUUUACAGACCUGAAAAUAACUGUUGAAGGCAAAGAGUUUGAAGUCCAUCAAAAUGUUCUAGCUUCCUGCAGCUUAUAUUUCAAGGAACUGAUCAAAAGGGCUUCAAAGGAUAACAAGAAUGGACAGAAGCUGGAGUUGACGAUUUCAAACAUAAAUGCAGAUAUCCUGGAAAUGCUGCUGGAAUUUGUUUAUACUGGUUCACUCAUCAUCAAUUCUGGAAAUGCUAAAACCCUGCUGGAAGCUGCCAGUAAAUUUCAGUUCCGAACCUUCUGCAAAGUUUGUGUUUCAUUUUUAGAGAAACAACUAACAGCUACCAACUGCCUAGGAAUCCUUGCCAUGGCAAAAGCCAUGCAGUGUAAUGAAUUACACAGUAUGGCAAAAGCCUAUGCCCUGCAAAAUUUUCCAGAAGUAACAGCUCAAGAUGAAGUUCUGAACAUCUCAAAAGACGACCUUAUUGCUUUUCUUUCUAAUGACAGCCUGAACACAAAGGCUGAAGAGCUUGUAUAUGAGGCGGUAAUUAAAUGGAUUAAGAAAGACCCAUUGAACCGAACGCAGCAUGUGUCAGAGCUGUUGGCUGUGGUCCGUUUGCCCUUUAUUCAUCCAAGCUAUCUGCUGAACGUUGUUGACAAUGAGGAAUUGAUAAAGUCCUCAGAGGCUUGCCGAGACUUGGUAAAUGAAGCAAAACGCUAUCACAUGUUACCACAUGCACGACAGGAGAUGCAGACACCUCGAACACGGCCAAGGCUAUCUGCAGGUGUGGCUGAAGUAAUUGUCCUGGUCGGUGGUCGUCAGAUGAUUGGAAUGAGCCAACGAGAUCUCACAGCUGUCAACUGCUUUAACCCACAGACCAACAAGUGGUACCCAUUAGCCAGUCUGCCGUUCUAUGACAGAGAGUUCUUCAGUGUUGUGAGUGCAGGAGACAACAUCUAUUUAUCAGGUGGCAUGGAGUCCGGUGUCACCCUUGCCGACGUUUGGUGUUACAUGUCCCUCCUGGAUAACUGGAACCUGGUUUCACGAAUGACUGUGCCGAGGUGUCGACAUAAUAGCCUAGUGUAUGAUGGGAAAAUUUACACUCUUGGCGGUAUUGGUGCAUCUGGAAAUCUCAAUCAUGUGGAAAGGUAUGAUACAAUUACCAAUCAGUGGGAAACAGUGGCUCCUCUUCCCAAGGCUGUGCAUUCUGCAGCUGCAAGCGUGUGCGGAGGCAAAAUCUACGUGUUUGGAGGUGUGAAUGAGUCAGGACGGGCAGCUGGUGUUCUGCAAUCAUAUGUCCUUCAAACAAACACAUGGACUUUCAUUGAAUCUCCUAUGAUAGAUAACAAGUACGCUCCUGCAGUCACACUCAAUGGUUUUGUCUUUAUUCUUGGAGGUGCCUAUGCCAGAGCAACUACCAUAUAUGAUCCCGACAAAGGGAAUAUCAAAGCGGGGCCAAACAUGAAUCACUCCAGACAAUUCUGCAGUGCCGUGGUCCUGGAUGGGAAAAUCUAUGCUACAGGAGGGAUAGUCAGCAGUGAAGGACCUGCACUGGGAAAUAUGGAAACAUAUGAUCCCCGCACUAACGGUUGGACACUCCUGCCAAACAUGCCUUGCCCAGUGUUCAGGCAUGGGUGUGUAGUCAUUAAAAAAUACAUUCAAAGUGGUUAACACUGUGACACGAUAUCAGUUCUUGAAUUGUUUUAUCCUGCUGCAGCAGUGUACUAAAACAAUGAAUAUGUUGCUCUUUACCAUCUACAUUCAACGUAGAUUUCACAGUCACCAUUAGGUGAGAUAGGGUAAAAGUCCCUAUGGAUGUAUUAUAGUAUAACUUCUAGUAGUGUCACAAGACAUGGCACUGUUUUAGAUAUUGGGCAAUUCAGGUAAGAAUGCCUGUUUUAUAACAAUCAUCUGUUUUGCUUUCAAACAGUUUACCUUUAUAUUGUUAUGGUCAUUUAGAAGGUAAAUCGGUUUGUAGAGUGUAACAACUGCAGUACCAGAGUAGCAGCAUGUAAACAGUUCACCAAAAGCAAACUGCAGUCCCACAGAGCACAAGAAAUCCUAGAGAAUGUGCUGAAGAUUCCAAGCACUACAUCGUACAGAGGGACCUGACCAAAAGGGAGCUUGGAUAGUUCCGUACAUCAUGCGUAUCGGAAAUAAACAGAAGCAGAAGCUACACUGAAAGUCAUGCAGUUUCCAAACCAAAUCUAGAAAAAUAAAAGCAAGUCAAAAGGCAAUUUCCUUCACCUGCAAAUGCAGUAAAAUUUAAAAAAAAAAGAUUUUGGAAAGAAUCUAUAUUUGAAAGAAGAAUUUUAGAUCCACUUUGUUUUAUUAUCAGUGGUGCCACUGGUGGUGAUUUUAAACAACUUUUAGAGAUAUGUGAUACUGUCAUUCAGGUAGUUACUGAGCAGAACUCAUAAGAUUAAAGUUAUUAGUUUUCAAGAGGGUGUACCUACAAAGUCUUAUGUUUUGAUUUGUACUGGAUUUUUCCAUAUAUGAUAUAGAUGAUAUCAUACCAUAGAUGAUACAAAGCAAAGUUCGAGCAUUAUGGUAAAUAUGAACUUAUCCGGUAUUUGUUUCCGCCGUUACUUUUACAGCAUCCAAUAUACAGUGGUGCAAUUCAGAUGGAGUAUUUCCCUUAUUUUGACAUGACCCAUUUUAAGCUAAUAAACAAAAGUAUCUGACCAUUAUAGAUUUAUUUUACUAAAAAUUACAGAAUAUUCUAAUAGUUAUUUUAGGAAGGUAAGAUAUUUUAUCCUAGUAAACCCCUAUUAAAAUUAAAAUUAAAUGAUCACAAUUACUUCUUACGUUUCAUGCAAUAAUGGGGUUCGGGUCAGGAUGGAUCAUGAAAUGUGGAAGAAUUUAUAUCUGGUUUGAAUAGAAAGUUAUAGGAUUAAACAAAAACAUCAAUUGCACAGUAGCUAAUAGAAUUGAGUAAAGUAUGCUAUUAAAGAUGGAAGCCAAACUAACUUGUGGCAUUUUGGAUAGCUACAUAAUGUGUACAUCUCUGUAACACAGAUUAGGUUUCUUAUAUAAAUUUAGUAUGACACAUAUCAGCUUCAGCUCUUCCAUGUGUACUAUAAGGAAAUUAUCUAUAUGGUCACGUAUUAAUUGGUAUCUUAAGUUUCAACCCUAUGAUUAAUUAAUAUACCAUGUACAGCAGUUCAAAAUAAAGCCACAUUUUUUCAUUAGCAGUGAGUAUCUAGAACUAUGGACCAAAUAUACUUAUGUACAGUAUUUUCUGACUAUUGUAAUCUUAUUUAAUAAAUUAUUAGGAUAUUUUUAACCAUGUUGCUUUGGGCCAUAUCUAAAGUAUUCCCAGCUCAACUUAUAUGCAAAUUAAGUAAAUCAAAAUUUUAACAUACAAUACACAUCAUAUAAUGAGAUAAAAUCCUUGAAAUUAAUCAUGUUUUCUGGCAGACAAUGUAAUGCAGAAAGUCCAUCCGCAUUUAAGAUAGAGGUCUUUUGACAUUAAGGAAGUAUUUCAUACAUUUGGUACAUCUGUAACUUGUAUUAUCAAUUAAAGUAUCCACUGAAACUCAUUAUUAAAAUUAUUAACAAACAUUUUUACUCAUCCAUUCUGGAAGAACUUAGGAGAAUUGGUCACAACCCUCAUUUCGUUUAUGCAUAACGUGUAUAACCUUUCCAUUUGUAUAGGCAUAUAGUUUUGUAAAGCAACGUAAGACCUUCAAUUUAAGUUCCUCAUUCAAGUUACUAGCAGUUAAUAAUCAGCUCUUCCAUAGUUGUGUUAUCAUAUAAUCAUUGACAUCCGCCAAGUGUUUAUAGUGCAGAAUGCAGUACUUCAUUUUUAUUCCAUAGUGCACAAUCUCAAAGUUUGCCAACUUCUCAUUUCACAAAUAUGGCAUUCUUAAAGCAUAGCUGCAUAUGUUACAUUAUUUGAAAUAGGAUACUCAGAAAUCCAUCCAGAACUAGUCAGUCCUAGGACUUAUCAAAUCAUCAAUUUGCUACAAAACCAUGAGUUUGCGUAGCUUCAGUAACAGACCAUGCCAAAUUUCUUAAAAUUUCUCAUGUUGAGAGAGUGCCAGUACCAAAAUAUUAUUGGCAUAUUUGCAAACUAUGUGUUAAAGUAACUGGUGGCCAAGGUAGUAAGGUCAUCCCAGAGAUCCCAGUGUCAUACAAUGCUUGAACAAAUGUCAGUUCCAUUGAUACUGUGUAUUCAUGAAGCAGUGAAAAUAAAGUAUAUGGAUUUAUUUCCUCUUUUCCCCACUUCCAAUUCACCUAAAACACAAUGCAGAGAAAAAUCCUGAAUCAUAUCUCAUAAUCAAGUCCCAACAGCAAAUUUUAUAUAGAUUUUCGAUUUGUAGAAAGGAAUGCAUUUCACUUAUUGCAAAGUUCAAAGGCUAAAUUUUGGUGGUGGCUUCAUGCAUCUUUGCCAAUACCUUGCACAAAAAUCCUUUGGAGGAAUAAUCAUUGAAGCUCAUUUGCACAUGCAUCUAGGACAGGGCUCAAUCAGGUUGUAGGAGAGAGUGUAUGCAAACUCAGUACAUGAGGAAAUGCUCAUGCUAAACAUUACUGCUCAUCUAAAUUAAGCCACAAGGUGCAAUAAUAAUUUUGGCAGAUAGGACUUAACAGCUGACAUUCAGAGAUGCCAAAUUGCAGCUUAAAUCUGGCAUAUUUUGGUAUGCCAUCUUAGUUUACAGGGAAUGAAAAAAAUAGAUGAACUUCCUAGGACUUUGAUUCUUAAAAUGAUAUGCAAUCAACAACUAUACCUUCACACUCCACUGACACACUUAACAUUAACAUUCAUCAUGCAGAGCUUCUCUGGGUGGUUAUUAGUAGUUUGUGGUAAGAAGUAAGAUUCAACCUACUUUUAGAUGUGCAGGCACGUACAUUGAAAGAUACAAUCACACAGAGCACUGACCAUUUGUGACAGUAAUGUUUUCAAAAGUGAAGUUUUCCAGAUUUAGUCUUCAGCCCUGGGGUAUGGAAUGGUACAUAUCAUUAAAAAAAACAUGAAUUCAGCCCUACCUGGCAUAUUCUUCUAUAAAUACUAUUUGCAUUCUUCUCAAAUACCAGACAUUGGGUAGAAAGGAAAACGUAUUCUUAACAAACCUUAUUCAGCAAUAAACAAGCCUUCUCACUCAAGAGAACAUUGACAGGAUGGCAGGUACAAAAUUGAAAGAAUUACAUAGUUAUGCAGUAAAGCAUUUUCUGAAGUCAGUAUUAUUUGUUACGGAAUAUAAAGGAGCUUGAAAUUAUUUCUUGAUACAUGUCAACCAAAGAUGAAAAGAGUUUGUUCCCCAAGAACAUUAUCUCUCAUUUGAUUUGAAAUAAACUAAAAGAGCAAAGAGAAAAUGCCACAAGAAACUGAAAACUAACCAUUCUGUAUUUUACUUAGUAUCUGCAUCUACAUAUGGUAAAAUGGCAUUGAGCUCAAAGAUGGUAUUGUAUUAGUACUGAAGUAAAAUGGACUGCACAGUAAUUUUAAUGGAAUACAACUUUUCCUUGACUCAAACAUUGAUGGCAAGAUCACAUGGAAAUGAACCCUCCUUCAAAAUCAGCAUUUUAUUGCCUCUCAGAACAUCACAUAGCUAAGGAUCUACAGUAUUUCAAGCACUAAAGUGAAUGCUAAGCAGAUUUAUGACACGGAAUUGACAAAGUGCUCAAUUGUAUUAUCACAAAACCUAUACUACUUUAGCCUUCCAGUUGCAGUCCCUGAUUUUCUUUUCACAGUGUGAAGGAUGAAGUGUGAUUUUGCAACUCCACUGUCAUUGUCAGCCACAGAUACUUAAAACUGAUGCUCUUCAGGUGAUCUAGUUCUGCACUACAGGAUAAAUUUCAAGUUCAGGUUUCUGCCACCUCUUCCCUUCUUAAAGUGCAUCACUAAAGCAGCAAAAUAAUUAUUUAGUCGUUUCUUUAGAAACAAUACAAAAUGUUCCCCAUUCUGAAGGAAUCAAACAGAAAUGGACAGUUAAAUGAGGAAUGUUAUUUGUUUGACCUUCAAAGUAUAUUUAUCAUUUGCAGUGAAAAAGCACAAUAAUGCAGUGAACAGAGAGUAACAGUGUAUCAGAGAUGUUUCAUUUCUCAAUUGCAGUAUAAACGUAACUAGAAUGUUUUCAAUAAAAGUCUGUAGAAGGGAUUUUUUUUGCAUUUAGUGUAAGUAGAAAUGACUUAAAUUAUACCAUAUGAUACUUCAUUUUUGUAUGCAAUAAAGUGAAAUAUUCAUUUAGAUAUUGUGUAAUAUAAUUUCUAUAAAAUUUUAU